AUAGUAUAACCAAGACCAAAGACUGUAGUUUGCACAUUUUGUAAACUUAGGUACAGUUGUGCAAAUUCUAGGAAACUAAACUAACAACAGGGGAAUUUUAUCAUCUCGUCUGACAGAAAUACCAUAGCUCGUAUAAAAUUCACUGAAAAAAAAUCAUGUAUUUGCUGUAAUUUUGAAUACACGAAAUAAUAUCAUAUUAUGUUUGAACCUAAAUGUCUUUUUGAUUAGAAAUACAUCAACUGAAUAUUGCUGAACGUUAUUUUUAAAGCGAGUUUUCCCAAGCAGAGACUACUGUAAACAAACUUGAACUUUUUUGCUAACUACUGUAGCUGCUUUUUUUGUGGCGAAAUACAACUUGUUUUGAAUGUAGUUUCAUCCGAAUUUUAAAACAGUUUCUGCUCCAGAGAGUAUUGUGUUUUUCUUGUGUUGGUAUUGAGAUAAAUGACUACACGAUGAUAGCAGGCGUCCUACUCUGUAACACGUCACAGAUACUCGGUGAGUUUGCACUGGCAGUGUGUGUAAUUGCAACUUGACACCGAGAAUGUGUUUGGUGGGGAGAGUGAAAGUUUUGACAGUGACAUUGUUGGCUGAUCUGCUGAGAAUACCGUGAGAGCUUUCACUUCUUGAGUCAGUAUGAAUGGUCCGUUCAGCCCCAGGCGGGAACCAGGGCCUGACCUGUCCUGUCUGCACCAGUACAACGAGUGGCUGGCAUGUAGGCAUGAGUCCAGUCUGCUGCCCAUGAAAGAUGACCUGGCCCUCUGGUUAAACAGAAUCCUUGGUCUGGAUAUAACAGUGGACACAUUCAUGGACAGACUAGACAACGGUGUCGUCCUCUGUCAGCUUGCAGAGGCUCUGCAGGAGAAGAUGAUUCUGGCCAGCAAUGGCAAGCCUAUUAUUCGACGUGUGAUUCGUUGGCGACCUGAUGCAGCCUCUGGAUCCUUCUUUGCUCGUGACAAUACAGCUAACUUUCUGUACUGGUGCCGUAAAAUUGGAGUGGAGCAGUCUCACCUGUUUGAGUCUGAAGAUCUUGUUCUUCAGAAGCAUCCAAGAGAUGUGUGCUUGUGUCUCAUGCAGCUUGGGAGAAUCGCUUCAAGGUAUGGCAUUGAGCCGCCUGCGCUGGUCAAGCUCGAGAGAGAGAUUGAAAAAGAAGAAGAUGAGUCUUCAUCUCCAUCCAUGUUGUUUGCAUCACCUCUGCCGUCUCCUUCCACACCACCUGUGUUUUUCCCUGCGGAUCCUCUAGAGCCUCCUCCAGGCUUGAGGCCAUCAUCCAUCUCUCCUCCAGCAUCGUCUCCAUCUCCUCCUUUGGUCCCGACUCCUCCGCCAGAGUCCGCGUCCAUCAUUUCUGACCCAAACACGCAUCCAGAACCUCAGCCAACCAUCCCAACUAACUCAUCACCCAUCAAGACACCAGUCAAAUCAACGCUGCCCUCCCCAACAAAUGGCUUUGCCAAGACUAAUAAGAGAAAGAGCAGUGGUAACCUGCUGGAUGAUAUCGUGAGGCAGAUAUCAGAAGAUCCACCAUGCAAAUGUCCAGUCAAAUUCUGCAUUGAGAAGCAGCCAAAAGGUCAUUAUCGUGUCGGAGACAAAGUCCUCUAUGUCAGGAUGCUGAAUGAUAAACAUGCUAUGGUGCGUGUUGGUGGCGGAUGGGAGCCCUUUGGCACUUACCUGUUAAAGCAUGACCCAUGCAGGAUGACUAUGAUCGCCCGACCUGGUCCCAAAUCCUCCAAGCCUAACGGCAGGUCCCCAGUCAAGAGAGAGCUGUCCCGGGACAGCUAUCUGGUCGUAGGUAGUACACAAUGUCGCUCUAAGAAGUGAUGGGACUCAGCAACCUCUGCCUCAAUCUACAGCAGGCUGAUUUUGAUAUUUUUUAGGGGGAAGCAGCCCAGGUGGCUUGAUCUUGUUUUAAUGUUGACAAUAUUUUUUCAUUUUGGCAGCAGUUCCUUAAUAUUUUUACCCCAAAGUAGCAUUUACUAAGUCACAGUAUGCUUAUCAACAGUCUCAGAAAUAAAGGUACACUACGAAACAUAAACCUUUAGCAGUUUUUAGCUAAUUUGUACACGUUAGGAAAUCAUUUGCACCUUAAGGUGUCAAUAUGGUGUCCUUUAAAAAAAAAAAAAAAAA